GCAAGUAUCCCAAGGUACCUAACCUGAUAGACGCAGACCUCGCCUACAGGCGACCCAGUACAGGUACAGGCUGUCCUGAUCACACGCCGAAAUUUAUCAGCCUUCACAAGCUCGACCUUCACGAGCUCAACCUUCACCAGCCAUCACCAGGUCACCGGUAUAUGAUAUCAAUGGGUCAACUGGACGGCUCCCUGCACAGCCUGACAAGGCCGGAACAAUAUUCAUUCCUGGACACGUAUGCCUAGGGGGUCAUCCUUAGGCCCCAAGUCCUCGCCUACGCAUCCAUCUUUGAGCUGUGCCUCCAUAUAAAAUCAUCCCCUCGAUUGCCCUGCCUCCGUUUGUCUUUAGGCAAAUCCCGCGCCCUCCCCGGUUCGCGCCGCUCUGUCCCCUCCUAACCGAACACCCUACUCCUUCGACAUGGAUUCCAAGACCCUCGUUUUCACUGCUAUCGUCGUCGCCUGCACCCCCGUCGCCAUCCUCCUCGGCUGGAACAUCCUCGUCCCUCUCCUCUUCCGCGUCUUCUCCCUCACUGUCGGGUCGACCUUGGGUUGGUGUCUGAGGAAGAAGACCGACGGCCGACGCUCCUCCAUAAUCCAAGCCACGGCCGAGAGCGAGCGCAGAUUCAGAGAGGAAAAGGCGGCAGCUGAAGAUGGCCAGGAUGAGAGCUCGAAGAGCACCGGAGACUCUAUAAUCGGAUCAUCUAGUGAUAUAAAGAAUGGUGGGCAGGGAUGGGAUGGUAUCAUCGGGUUCUUCCACCCCUUUUGUAAUGCUGGCGGCGGCGGCGAGCGAGUCCUGUGGGCAGCCGUCCGAGCUACUCAGCAGAGAUGGCCCAAUGCCAAGAUAGUCGUCUAUACGGGCGACCGCGAAGUGUCUAAGGAGAAGAUGCUUCUGCGAGUCAAGCAUACCUUCAGCAUCGACAUCCACCCACCGUCUAUCCACUUUCUCUACUUGAGUACGCGCCACUGGGCUCUCUCUUCGACGUGGCCGCGCAUGACUCUCCUGGGACAGUCGCUCGGAUCGCUGGUUAUGGGUUGGGACGCCCUCUCUCUGGUUGUGCCGGAUAUCUUCGUGGACACCAUGGGCUAUGCGUUUACUUUGGGCCUAAGCAAGAUCCUCUUCCCCCAUAUGCCGACCGCCGCGUAUGUGCACUAUCCUACCAUCUCUACGGAUAUGCUCGACUCGCUCGACCCCAAGAACCCCGUCGGAAACCAAGGCGUUAAUGCCGGGAAGGGAGUCGGUUACAAGGGCGCUGCCAAGCGAUAUUACUGGAAGAUUUUCGCUGCCAUCUACUCGUGGAUGGGUGCUUCGGUCGACGUCGUCAUGACCAACUCUUCGUGGACGCAGGAGCAUAUCCAGUCGCUAUGGGGACCCCGUCGGAAGCAGCAGGGUAGAAAGCACCCUAUCGCCGUCGUGUACCCGCCGUGUGCAGUCAGCGAGAUCGAACGAGCCGUGGAGAUCUCAGAAGAGAGCGAAAAGCGACGGCAGAAGUAUCUGGUGUAUAUUGCUCAGUUCCGGCCCGAGAAGAACCACCAGCUCAUCCUGCAGGCCUUCGCCAAAUUCGUCAAAACAGGUACUGAAUCGGCAAAAGAAGCCAAGUUGGUCUUUCUCGGUAGCGUUAGAGAUGACCACGAUUCGAGACGGGUUUACAAGCUGCGCUUGCUAGUCAACGAGCUCCACAUCAAGGACCAGGUGAUAUUCCAACUCGACGCGCCGUGGCCCGAGAUCCUCCAGUGGCUCGGCAGGGCUUUUGUGGGAGUGAACGGCAUGUGGAAUGAGCACUUCGGGAUUGGGGUCGUCGAGUAUCUCGCGGCCGGCCUGAUACCCGUUGUGCACGACAGCGGAGGGCCCAAGUUAGACAUCGUGAUCGACGUAGAUGGCGAGCCCACAGGUUUCCACGCUUCGACCGAGGAUGAGUUCGCCGAGGCCUUCGAGAAGGCCCUCUCGCACCCUGAUCCGCUCUCUGUCCGACGCAGAGCCCGGCUUUCGUCCAAGAGAUUCACCGAGGAAGAAUUUGCCAGGAAGUGGCUGGCCGAAAUAGAGAAGCUCGUCGCCAUGAAGUCGUGAUGGCCUAGUUUCAUCUAAGCACUCCGUAAAUUUUCUCCCCCUGACACAGAUAGAACCAUACAUAGAUCAACAUCUGAUACCCCCGGGUCGCAUGGAGCGGAGGCUAGGAGUUUACUUUUGUUUUUUUCCUCGUUGCGCUAGCUUCCCUUGUCGAACGCGACGAUCCAUAAAUGAAUAUUCGCACAUGUCUAGCAAGUAUCGUUCUAUUAAUGAUUCGCGGCGCACUCCAUAUAUCUGCGCCCCUAGCAUUCCGAGUUUUCUGUCGACCACCCAAUAUGAGAGAUAGGCACGAUCAUAUCACCUGUAACUGCAGACGCCUACACUUCCUGCUUGGAAAUGUGGGCAUGUAACCAUGUAGCCAUGUAUGGCUUUCUAUACAUGGUGGGAGGACGAGGAAACCUGAAUUACACAAGUACCACCAACGGCUAUCCAGGGCCGUGGGUGGGCUGUCUCUCAAGAGGUUCGGCAAGGAACUCCCGGCCUUGAGAACCCGAAUAGUUCCUGAUUAAACGACGAAAUAUUGAAU